UAACCUGAAAAUGACAAGCAACAAAACCUUACCCCAAUCAGCUUUAGAUUAAAGUAUUGCACAGCUUCCAAAAACAAACAAAAAGGUAUAAACCUACACCCAUUUUCUCCCCAUCCUUCAUUAACUUAUCAAUCUAAACACCAAAAAGUCAUGGAGAUUUUUGCAAUGCGAAAAGAUUGAGAGUGUAAAUGUAGUGGAUAUUUACCUAGUGGCGUUGAAGGACACGGUCGAGCUGUUCUGUGAAGAAGCAGAAAAAGAUCCGGUGAAUUUCGGAAGGGAUCUCGCCGGUGACAAUGGCGUCAUUUUCUACUCUACUGUGCCUUCAAUCUCGCACUCACCUACUUCUCAAGAAUAUGCUUUUUGUCUCUUGCAUUAUUUUAGUCUCAGCACUUCCUUUAAAAAUGAGUUGUUCAAGUCUUCCCUUCAAAGAUUCAACCAUGGGAAGCAACUUAAAUGCAAGUUCUUUGCUGGAUAAUGCUUCAAGAAAGAACAGCAUGUCAAUCCCUAUUGAUACUCACUUUCAGCUUCCUUCUCCAUUGCCCAGGUGGCCUUCAGGUGAAGGCUUUGCAAGUGGAGUCAUUGAUCUUGGAGGAUUACUUGUGUCCCAAGUAUCGUUGUUAACUAAAGUUUGGGCUACCCAUGAAGGUGGACCAGAUAAUCUUGGAGCUACGUUUUUUGAACCAACAAAUUUACCAAAUGGAUUCUUUAUGCUUGGUUCCUAUAGCCAACCUAACAAUAUGCCCCUUUUUGGAUGGAUUCUUGCUGGAAAAGAUACAUCAGGAGGUGCCCUAAAGAUGCCAACUGAUUACGCGCUAGUAUGCAGUAGUCAGAACUUGAAAAUUAAUCAGGAUGGCGUUGGCUAUAUCUGGCUGCCAAUACCUCCUGAGGGCUAUAAAGCCAUAGGCCAUGUUGUCACGACCUCACCUCAGAAGCCUUCUCUGGAUAAAGUCCGUUGUGUUCGUGCUGAUCUUACCGAUGUAUCUGAAAGUCAUGAUUGGAUUUGGGGCACCAAUGGCUUGAAUGUGUACUCUUCAAGACCUAGAGACAGUGGAACACAAGCUCUAGGAGUGUCAACAGGUGCUUUUAUGGCUCAGAACAAUGGAGCUGCAGACUCACUAGCUUGUUUAAAAAAUGUCAAAGCUAAGUUAUCUGCUAUGCCAAAUUUGAACCAAGUUAAAGCUUUGGUUCAAGCAUACUCUCCAUUGAUUUACUUUCAUCCUGAUGAAGAGUUCUACCCCUCAUCAGUAACUUGGUUUUUCCAGAAUGGAGCAUUAUUAUACACCAAAGGACAAGAAUCUUCACCGGUUGGUAUUCAGCUAACCGGUUCAAAUCUUCCUCAAGGUGGUUCGAAUGAUGGUGCUUACUGGUUGGACCUCCCAAGUGAUAAUGCAGCAAAAGCUAAUGUCAAGAGAGGAGAUUUGCUGGGUGCCACAGCCUACUUACACAUUAAACCAAUGUUUGGCGCAACGUAUACUGAUAUAGCUGUGUGGCUAUUUUAUCCUUUCAAUGGCGCUGCAAAGGCCAAACUCGAGUUCAUGACUAUUUCAUUGGGAAAGAUUGGAGAGCACGUUGGCGAUUGGGAACAUGUUACAUUGAGAAUUAGCAACUUCAAUGGAGAGUUACAAGGCGUAUACUUCUCGGAACACAGUGGAGGCAUUUGGAUAAGUGCUUCGCAGCUUGAAUUUCAAAAUGGUAACAAACCUGUGGUGUAUUCAUCGUUGCACGGACACGCUGCUUAUCCGAAACCAGGACAGAAUUUGCAAGGCAGUGGAGAUGUAGGAAUCAGAAAUGAUACAGGAAAGGGGAAGUUGAUGGAUACAGGAGGAAAUUUCUUAGUAGUUGGUGCAGAAUACUUGGGUUCAACUAUAGUGGAGCCACCUUGGCUAAAUUAUGCAAGGGAAUGGGGUCCUAAAAUCAACUAUGAUAUAUCAAAAGAGCUCAACAAAAUAGAGAGAUUUAUGCCUGGGAAAUUGAAGAGGGUUGUUGAAAAAAUUGUGAGAAGCCUACCAAAUGAGGUUUUGGGUGAGCAAGGACCAACUGGCCCAAAGUUUAAAGACAUGUGGAAUGGUGAUGAAAGAGGUUGAACAUUACUCUCUCCAAUCCAAAAUAAGUGUCAUCUAAGGUUUGGCACAUCCACUAAUUAAAAAAAAAACUGUGAUUUAAAUUACCUUUUAUCUCUCAUAUUUUUUAGAUCAUUGGUUAGAGCGAGGCUAAAUUUGAAAAAGUUGUUAAUGCUUAUUUUGGAUCAAAUUGAUUUGGCUAAAACGACACUAUUUGGACAGGGAAGAGUAACAUAAUUCAGAUAUUUAAAUAUUGAUAAAAAAUGUA